AACUUGACCUUUAUGUCCGGAGUACCGGGUGGGGGAAUCUCAAGUGGUGACUUCCUUGAGUGUUAUCUUGUUGCCGCGCGCCGGUCUUGGCAGCAGUUGCCUCGUGUGACGACCCAGAGUCGCUAGAGGUCGGUGUGUCGAUGAUCCCACGUAUUGCGAGAUACGCACCGAAACUUUUCGUUCGCUGCCGGCAACAGAAUUUACACCACAGGGGUCUGUAUAUUCAGAUGGCAGCAUCAAAGGUUUGCAACCAAUCAUCAGAUGUCUCAAACAUUAUUAAGAAUUGUCUUUGCCCAAGAUUUGAUAGGAGCAACAACAUGACAACUUAUAUGCUAUGUGAUAGGUCAGAUUUCUGAUCCUGUCAUAUUAACUGACACAUUUGUCACUAAUAAGGAUUAGCCAACAACUGAACAUCUGUGUAGUGUGUUUGUGAAUGUGUGUACUUUUGCUAGAAAAAGAGCUAGCAAUUGGAAGCUAGUGUGACUACUGUUUUCUGUUAUGUGUCUUUGUGCUCCAUGCAUCAAUUUGCUAUAGUUCCAGGAUAUGUAUGUGAUUGAUUUGCGGAGCGAUACAUUAACAGUACCUACUAAGGCAAUGAGAGAAGCAAUGUACAAUGCGGAAGUUGGAGAUGAUGUUUAUGAAGAAGAUCCUACUGUGAAAGCUUUGGAACGAAGAGCAGCUGCAUUAUUUGGGAAAGAAGCUGGACUAUUUGUCCCCAGUGGUACUAUGGCCAAUCUACUUGCAAUUAUGGUUCAUUGCAGUCGAAGAGGAACUGAACUCAUAGCUGGUGACAAGUCUCAUAUUUACAAAUAUGAGCAGGGAUCAGCAGCACAUAUUGCAGGGGUUCAAGUGACAACAGUUAAAAAUAAACCAGAUGGAACUUUUGAUUUGGAUGAAAUGCAGAUGAAAAUAAGGAACGAAGAUAUCCAUGAGCCAGUCACUGCUCUCAUCUGUAUUGAAAAUACUCACAACUUAUGCGGUGGGAAAGUUCUACCGAUGGAAUGGCUCGAUGAGUUGUGGAAGCAGGCAGCCCAGCGUGACAUACCUGUGCAUGUGGAUGGUGCUCGUUUGCUAAAUGCAGCAACAAAGAUGCGUGUGCACCCUGCUGUGCUGACCAGCGGCUGCCGCUCUGUGUCACUCUGUCUCAGCAAAGGUCUCGGUGCUCCAGUUGGUUCUCUACUGCUUGGUGAUGCUACUUUUGUGACCAGAGCAAGGUACCUACGAAAAGCCCUUGGAGGGGGAAUGCGGCAAGUAGGUGUGCUAGCAGCAGCAGGGCUUGUGGCACUGGAUACUGCCACCGACAGACUUACACAAGAUCAUGCUAAUGCAGCUCUCAUUGCCAAUGGUGUGUCAGAGUUUGGAAGCAAAUAUAUCCAUAUUGACCCAGCUAGUGUCCACACAAAUAUUAUUAUGGUCAAUGUUGAAAGAAAAAUUAAAGCACCAGAACUAUGCAGUCGAUUGGAGCAGAUUACUGACGAAGAGGCAGAGUAUUUAGGAAAGGAAGCAGUAAUUGUUAAAGCUUUGUCUUUGGACACUGGGCACAUACGUCUGGUAACAUAUAACAGCAUAACAGAUACUGAUGCCAAGAUGGUUGUGAAGAAGCUUCAGUUCAUCAAUCAAGAGCUGCAGAGGAGCUGAUUAGUGUUAAAAUAUGUGGUGAACUCUUCAGUAUCACAGUUAUUCAAGCAGCAUGAAAAACAGUGUAAUAAUUUAAUGUGGGAAUUAGCACCAUUCUUUCUAUUGCAUACGGUAUAAGCUCGGAAAAAAUGCUAAUAAAAAAAUAAAUCAAAUACUAUUUGUCCAAAACUAGUAAGAUGUCAUCACUGAAUUGUAGAAUAACAUUAUUUUUUAUUGUGUUAUUGUAGCUUACCUUUUGUGCUAUGUCACACUGUCUCAAGUUUGUUUGAUUUCAUUUUUCAUCACCAGCUUUUCAUUGCCCUUUUCCUUAACUUGAUAAUGUAUUACUGACAAACAAUAUCUC